ACAAAGUUGUCGACCGUGCAGUGCACACGGGGAGGGAUUUUAUUUAUCUGGAGCGACUCGUUUAGUGCAGCACCGGGUCUGCAACGGAGCGCAGGUUUCCAGGAUUUCCUCCUCUCUGUCUCCUAAAACUUCUCCGCUACUAAGUUUCACCGAGUCCCGGACAGACACAGAGAGAGAGAGAGAGAGAGAGAGAAAGAGAGAGAGAGAGAAAACGGGAAUGAUAAAAGCAACCGAGCACAGGCGGACGGAGGAGUGUAGAGACUGCAGUGUGUGUGUGUGUAUAUGUGUGUUUUCUGUAGCUUUAAUUGAGUUAAACAUUGUUAUUUUAAGUCUUUUUUUUCCUUCUCCUCUCCGAGCACGUUUCGUCCUGAGAUGAAUGGCAGAAGUCGGGUGAGUCGACUAUCAGAGCUCAAAAGGAUUUAUUUUCUUGUCUACACUGGACCUACAUGAAGUAACGAUAUAAAUAUAAACAUAUAUAACCCGCAUCCUGCUGGACAAAAAAGCUAUUAAUUUAAAAAAAAACAACAACAACAAAGGAUACGCACUGGAUAACCAAGAUAUCAACUUUUUUUUUGUUUUUUUGAAGCACAUUUCAGACACUUAAACUAACAAGAGAAGAUGCAGAUGUGGAGCCACAUGAGGGUCCACAAAGGAGGCCCUCCACGACCAUAGGUCACCGCAGAAGUGUCCUGGAUGUAUGCGUCUCCACUUUCCUGGCUGGGCUGACUUGAACUAUUAGUAAUUGUCUAAUAAUCUCGAUGGAUUCUUCCUCACCACAGCCUACCUGUGCCUGUGGAUUUUCCACAUGAAGGCAAACCAGAUGACUCAGAGGACUUAAGUCAUGUAACCACCCUGAAAUGUCUUAAAGGUCUUUAUUUAUCUGUUUUUUUGUAUUUAUUGUAUGUGUAUAUAUAUAUAAGUGGUCCUUUUUUUUUUUAAAGAAGCUUUGAGCUACUUUCCAGGUCAGUUUUUAAUAUCUUUUGUAGGAUUUGAAAGCUGCCGUAAAGAAAACUGUAGAUUUACUUGAGCAUCUUUGUUCUGCUGUAUAUCUACACACACUGUAAUUGAGCGCACUCAUCUGUAACGUUAAAGGGGGGCAUCACAACAGACCAGAAAGACUUUGAUUAGACGGUUUGAAGAAAAAAAAGACAAGAGUAGAGUUUAAUCAUGGACAGGCCGAUAAGCAAGUUAUUAGAAAAGUUAAAGCUAACAGACUCGGGCAGUGUGAAAUUCAACAGCUCCAAGAAGAAGCACGACACGGCCAACAACUCCAAUAACAGCAACGCCAACGCUGGCAUCUCCGGAGGCAGUGGUGGGGGCAGCAGUCUGGCACCAGCCCCCAGCUCUGCAGCUGCCUCGCCCUCCAGACCCGGCCAGUUCUCGCUUGCCUCUGCAACCACAAGCGAUGCAUGUGUUCCUGCGAGUGGAAGAGGAGGUGGAGGAGGAGGAGGAGGUAGUGGAGGAGGAGGAAUGGGAAUGCCCCCUUCACAGCUCCUUACCUCACCACAGACUUCCUCCACGGGUGGCGUGAUACCGUCAGAUGGGGAGCAACAACUUCAUCCUUCCAACUUGGCACCGUUGAGGCGCCGCUCCCCUCAGCAGCGUGCUUCCUGUUACCUUGGUGAGGGCGUGGACUCCCACCUGAGGCGUGAGUCCGGUUUGGGACCCGAGUGUGACGUUAUGGGGGCGUUUGGCUCCAAGGCGUCCCUGAAUCAGCGGCGCUACUCAUUGGAGCUCCAGCAACUGGUGAGAAGACAGCAACUCCUCUCCCAGCCGCCGCUCUCUGUCCCCCCACCGUACCCCGCCAGCUCCGGCUAUGGCUCGGCUCCCCGGGCCGGCGGCCUGGCGGAGACCGGCUACCUGUCAGAGCCGGAGAGGCACAAGCGUCUCUCUCUCCAGGAGGCUCUGUUCUACAAGCGCCUCAGCACGGGCAGCGAACUGUGGGAGAGCCCGAGGCCGGCGUCCCUCUCUCACCCACCGCACCGUCCAUCUGAUGUGACGGGCGGAGGGGUAGGAGGAGGAGGAGGAGGCUUCUUUUACCCCCCAGGACCAACUCUGAGCCCAUGCUCGUCUUUCAGCCUCCAGGAGUCGGUCCUGGUCAGCCCCAGGUCCAGCUUCGCCUCCAGCACGGCAAGCGGGGGCGGAGGCGGGAGUCCUAUGGGCAGCCGCUGCAGCAGCAACCGGACCAGCGGCAUCAGCCUGGGCUACGACUCCCGCUACUCCGCCUCCGGGGGUCUUCCUCCACAGCAGCAGUCCCCCUCCAUGCAGUCAGGGGGGUCCGCAGCUGGGUACGGCGCUCCAGGAAGGCCCGGGGUGACACCUGUGGAGGCCUGGACUCAGUACCUGGACGGGGGGAUGCGUCCUCCUGCCCAUGACAGCCGACACUCGUACCCCCCUGCUGUAGGGAGUCCGGCGGCUGCGUGCUACCAGGCCGGUCCGGAGUGGUGGGAGGAGCAGCGCGGAGGUGGAAGAGGCAAAGAGGGGGGCGUGAUGGGGGGAGAGAGGGCCAGCUACUCAGACCUGCCCGGGACCCGGUACCAGGAGGAGCUGACUCGACUCCUCCUGAGGGACGCGGCGCUGGAGGGGGACGGGCUCCUGGAGGGUCUGAUGCUGAAGGAGCACUCCAUGGCGCUGACGGCUCUGGCCAAACCGGGCUCCACGGCGCUGGGGCCUUCCACCGCUGGGGGGCCGGGCAAAACUCAGGAGAACCCGGGAGUCGGCGCCGGGAGAGAGGCGGGGGAGAACCGGCAGGAGUUUUUUGGAACCUGUGUGAAGUGUGGGAAAGGUGUGUACGGGGCGGAUAAUGCCUGUCAGGCUCUGGACAGCCUGUAUCACACUCGAUGCUUCACCUGUGUGUCCUGUGGACGCACCCUGAGAAACAAGGACUUCUACAAUGUCAACGGCUCUGUGUACUGUAAAGAGGAUUACAUGUUUUCGGGAUUCCAGGCUGCCGCUGAGAAGUGCAAUGUGUGUGGCCACCUUAUUCUCGAACAGAUCCUGCAAGCUCUCGGGAACUCGUACCAUCCCGGCUGUUUCCGCUGCGUUGUGUGUGGCAAGGCUCUGGAUGGGGUGCCUUUCACCGUGGACCAACACAGCAGCAUCUACUGCGUCGCAGACUAUAACAAGACUUUUGCCCCGAAGUGCGCUGCCUGUUUACAACCCAUCUUACCUACUGAGGGCAGCGAGGAGAUCCUCAGGGUCGUGUCCAUGAACAAGGACUAUCACUUCGAAUGCUACCACUGCGAGGAGUGUGGCAAGCAGCUCUCCGAUAAGGCUGGCUCGCAGUGCUUCCCCCUGGACUCUCAUCUCCUCUGCCACUCCUGUCACAUGACCAGAGCGUGCGCCACACACAACAUUCCCUCUCACAACACACACUGAUCAACCCCCCAAAAAUUAUUAAACGCUGUCAUUAUCUUGUGCUUUUUUUUGGCUUUGUCACUCUUUCUUCAAGACUGCUGAUAUUAAAACAUUUCCACUGAUUCACUUUCAUUUAUUUUUGUCUUCAGUUCCUUUGUCACAUGUACUGCCUGCUGUACUUCUUGUACUAUUACUGUACUCUAGUUAUAAGGGAACGGGAAAGAAACUACUGCUUUUUUUUUUUUGGUUUUAGUUUUUUUUAAUCCCCUUCCUCCUUCCCCCCUUUUACCCUCCCCUAAUGUGGCUACUGUUUGCUGUAGAAGAACAAGGGAUCUCGCUCGACUGUUUUGUAAAUAUUAUUAUUGCUAGCAAACAUUUUGCACUUAAAUUUUUUUUGACUUUUACUGUAAGAGAUUUGUAACGUGAAUCUGUACAA